AUGUCGUCACAGAGGCGAAGAUACCGCUUAGAGAUAGCCGUUAAGAGGCUUCAUGGUCUUGUGAACAUGAGUUCCUCGGCGAGGAUUAUUUUUGUUGUGCGUUUCUCAAGCUUUCCGGAGAUUUUUAUUCGGCCACAUAUCAGCGGUGGUGGCGGUGUCGUUGUGCGAUCCUCCACGGGCGAUGGCAUUCUCUCGCUAACGUACAACGUGUGCCACAAGGCCGAAUUUUGCCUGAAUGACGAUGAAUGUAGAGAAAUGUUUCCUGCUCAGUGCGUCUGCCGCAUGUACGACGAGGGGCAGCGGCAGGCAUCGGUGUCAUGGGUAUGCCCAUGCCCGGUGUUGACGGCGCAAGCAGCUGAGGGCCGUCGUCACGGCAACUACGCCAUGUGUGACAGUGCCGGUAAGACGAUGGGUUUUGCGGAGAUGUCCUGUCGUGUUGUUCACAUUGACGAAAGGAUGUUCUCUUCUUCGGUGGUUCCAGGAGCCAUCGCUGCUUCCGUCGUCUCUGGCCCGGCGCCACCGUUCACACCGAGUGCCAAAUUGACGGUCAACGGAAAGCCUUUUGUUAUUCGCGUGGUUCUGGACGGCACCGACGUCAGGGAGGGGAAUAAACGUCGUCACCGUAGGAAGCAGUAUGGCCAUCAGGAUUCCCCACCCGAAAAAUCACCGUCGUCAGGAGCUGUCAUUGCGGUUGACAGCACACCGACGCAAAAAAAUGAAGAGAAAAGAACAGGUGAUUGUCGACUAGAGAAUGCGGAUGGAUUUGACCAAACAAAAAGGGGUUCAACUGCGAAGAAGAAAACGCUUCUUUAUAUUCUGGAUUAUGACGUGGCGUGUCAGAUUCAGUCAAAUUGCGAGAUGCUUUACGCCACACUGAGGCGGGAAUUUACGCCCCUAGACGCAGUUAACGUGAAUGCGAAGACAAAACCUAUGACGGAGAAGGCCGAUUGUGUGGUGCAGAGAAUCUUACAAUCCGCAAAUGUUGUGAUCCAGCUGGCCAAUCAGCUUGCCGAGUCAUCUGAACAGGAACACACAAGCACACCCGUGGAAGCUCACGGACGCAGACAACCUGUAAAUGAGUUGCCCCUCCCACGCGAGGGAAGUGUGGCCCAUUUUCUCACGUAUCAGGUGCUCUUUCAAUUGCAGUGUCUUGGAAUGAAUCUCCAUCAUAUUACAACCCUUUACUGUCGGGCACUGGAUGUGCGGGUAUCUACCCUACAUAGUCAGCAUGUCAAGUUCAUCAAAAAGCUAUGCGCAGAUGUUCAAGAAUUGACAAAAUGUAUCAACAUUAUUGUGCAGUCAACGAUAGAUAGAAACCAUAGUGAUGAGAAAGCUGAUUCGAAGUCGUCAAAGACAACGUAUUCCUCUCACUUUAACAGCUGUAGCAGUAGCAGCGAAUCUUCCUCCUCACUAUUGUCAUCCGGUGGACGAUCCACACGGCGAAGAAGCUCUACAGUUGAAAGUGCCUUCUCUAUAUCUACGGCAGGAUCCAAGUUGUUGGCCACGCCCUUUUCUACUUUGACGGCAUCGACAUCAAAAGCCGUUCCGAACCCUAAUGUUUUUGAUCCAAAGCCAUCAGUGCCUUCCCCACAAGGGUAUUCCUUUGAUACUCCCUUGCCAUCAUCACCGUCUAAGAGUGAUGGACAAACAGUGUCAGCCGCUACUGAAUAUGGGUACAAUCCCUCACCAAUGUUUAACCUUCGAGCUGUUUCUUCAUCUCCACCAGUCCACACAAUAAAUUCUUUGGUGGGCCAAGGGGCCGCAAAUAGGGUAACUGUCUACGACAAUCUAACGGACUCCUCUUAUAUCACAGCUAGUCUUGCCUCCAAUUCACCAUGGCCGCCACACUCAGUUAUAAUUAAUUCAGGGACGGACGUCCAGCAGAAAUCGUCUCUUGGUGGCAGCAGCGGGGUGCCGGUGCCUGUUCCUCAGGCGACCCAGCCGGUAGUGGGAGGCACAUCGACGGCGGGGACGGACGUCCAGCAGAAGUCGUCUCUUGGUGGCAGCAGUGGGGUGCCGGUGCCUGUUCCUCAGGCGACCCAGCCGGUAGUGGGAGGCACAUCGACGGCGGGGACGGACGUCCAGCAGAAGUCGUCUCUUGGUGGCAGCAGUGGGGUGCCGGUGCCUGUUCCUCAGGCGACCCAGCCGGUAGUGGGAGGCACAUCGACGGCGGGGACGGACGUCCAGCAGAAAUCGUCUCUUGGUGGCAGCAGUGGGGUGCCGGUGCCUGUUCCUCAGGCGACCCAGCCGGUAGUGGGAGGCACAUCGACGGCGGGGACGGACGUCCAGCAGAAAUCGUCUCUUGGUGGCAGCAGCGGGGUGCCGGUGCCUGUUCCUCAGGCGACCCAGCCGGUAGUGGGAGGCACAUCGACGGCGGGGACGGACGUCCAGCAGAAGUCGUCUCUUGGUGGCAGCAGUGGGGUGCCGGUGCCUGUUCCUCAGGCGACCCAGCCGGUAGUGGGAGGCACAUCGACGGCGGGGACGGACGUCCAGCAGAAGUCGUCUCUUGGUGGCAGCAGCGGGGUGCCGGUGCCCGUUCCUGUACGUUCUUUUAACGUGCGAAGUUGA